AGUGAACGCCCUGCAGAUUAUGUCAGAUUGCGUGCAGAAACCAAACCAGCCCAGCCUUUGAACUUCACCGCUUUUGGCUCGUAUUCACGCUCUUCCGCUCAUUUCCAAGCCAGGUGCUUGACGACAAACCUCAGAGAGAGAGGCUGUGACGGGAGGGGAAAAAAGAAAAAAUAACAGUGGACACUUUUAUGACUCCUGCAAACUGAAUGCGGAACAUUGCUUUCACCUUUAAGGAUUUUUUGUGUGCAUCUUGCAUGUGUUUUUUCUUUUUUUUCUUCUUCUUGCCGCAGGUCUGAGACAAGAGUUGCAAGCGGACUUCAGCGAACGCAAAUCAGUGUUUUAACUCGGGAAGAACAGAUCCGCGUGCUGGAUUUUUCUUCUUUUUGUUUUCUUCUUUUUAUUUUCCUCUUUUCCUUUUCGCAGCUUUGCAGACGCCAACCAUCUCAGACGUGGCAUGACCGGUAUCUGGUGUUUGGACAGGUGAAUAGUUUCCCUUCCCUCUGAUAAAAACUUUUCCUUGUCAUUAACAGUGGGGAUAAAUUUGAAAAAAAGUCUAGUUUUUAAGAUGUCGAAGCCUGCUGAUCAUAUCAAGAGACCAAUGAACGCGUUCAUGGUCUGGUCCCGGGGCCAGAGGAGGAAAAUGGCUCAGGAGAACCCCAAAAUGCACAACUCGGAGAUCAGCAAAAGACUGGGAGCCGAGUGGAAGCUGCUUUCAGAGUCUGAGAAGAGACCGUACAUUGACGAGGCCAAGAGACUGCGCGCACAGCACAUGAAAGAGCACCCCGACUACAAGUACAGACCCAGGCGCAAACCCAAAAACCUGCUCAAGAAGGACCGCUACGUUUUCCCUUUGCCUUACCUUGGGGAUACCGAUCACCUGAAGGGACUUCCGGUGUCAGCCGCGGACUCUCUGUUGGGCUCCUCGGAAAAAGCCAGGGCGUUUCUUCCGCCGACGUCCGCCCCGUACUCCUUCCUCGACCCGAGUCAGUUCAGCUCCAGCGCCAUCCAGAAGAUGACGGAGAUGCCGCACACGUUGAGCACCAGCACUUUGCCGUACGCGUCCUCCUUGGGAUACCAGAACGGCGCGUUCGGCACCCUUGGGUGCCCCAGUCAGCACACCCACACCCACCCGUCGCCCACAAACCCGGGCUACGUGGUCCCGUGUAACUGCACAGCCUGGUCAGCGUCAAGUUUACAGCCCCCGGUGGCCUACAUACUUUUUCCAGGUAUGACCAAGGCUGGGAUAGACCCAUAUUCAUCCGCACACGCCACUGCCAUGUAACCCUCAAGACUCUUUUUAUUUUUAUUUUCUCUUUUGAAUACUGAAAUGCAUGUAAAUAUGUUACGGACAGCGCGCGCCCCUUAAAAAAAAGGCAUGAACGGUGUUAACUGCCUUGGACUUGUUAUAAAAAAAAAUAACAGAGAGAGGAGAAACAAGAAAAGAGAAACUUUUCCAGAAAUCCCACAAGUUCCUGCCUGAGCACAGGAGCUGGAGUUUGCUGUAAAGUACGGAUCCCUGUGAACUGUAAGAAAUGUAAAUGUUAUAACGUUUAUGGCAACCAGAAAAGGAGGCCUUUAACUUUAUUUAUUAUGUACACUUCAAUGCUGAUAUACUGAUUUGUCUUGAUUAUUGAUAGGCUGAAAAAAUCGGACUUGCACAAUUAGCGUUAAUUCACAUUUCCUGCAUAAGCCUAAAUAAUCCACAUUUUUGGGGGGGGCAAUUUUAUGACGAUAUUCUGGAUAGAAGGUCAAAAGUCAGGACAUAUAGGCUGUUUAAUAUACGGGUUAUAUUGUUCAUGUUAUUUAAAAAAAAUGCAACGUACAAGUAGACGGUAAGAUGACAAUAAGGAGGAAAAACAAACCAUUUAAAUGUUUAAUUUUGCAUUUUCAAGUGGUUCAGUGGUGAUAUAGUCCCACCCGUCAUUUGUUUUUAUUUUUAUAUUUUUAUUUGCUGUUAUUUUUAAUUUAAUUUAAUAUUGAUUUUUGAGGAUAACUAUUGGAAUUCAAGGAGUUCUAUGUGUAUUUUCUAUCUGAGAUGGUAAUUUAAUAAGCUGUCAUGUUAUGGAAAGGAUGAUGUAUCUGGAAGGUUGAUACCUCCAGCUCUUUGUUCAAGUGCUGAGCAAAGACCUUUUGAAUAAAGACAAUCUGUCUUCAACC